GCAGUGAGUGCAAAUGAAGUGCGUAUCAUCGGAUUCCCAGUCAACAGUGGGAUCAAGGCAUUCAAUAUGCGACCACCUUCGACAAUGUUCGCACUCGGUUAUGGCUGUACCUGCCCGUGUAGAUUCAUCUGCAUCAUCCACCUCCUCCUUGCAUCCGUCACAUCGGAGGUGUAGCGGACCAUCGGAGUUGGCUGGAGAGCCCCGAGGUGGAAGAUAGACGCUUCCCUCCAACACUGAGUCUGCCACUUCAUCUCGACUUGAACGGAAAGCUGUAAUUGGCGGAAGAUCCAUCUCUGGAGUGAAGAUCGGGCGGUUCUGACGAUGCGACUCUUUAUCCAGAGUGGCAAGGAUCAUCUCGUCGACGUCGCCGUCAGAUGCCGUGCAGUUUUGAGGAGCAAAAUCGGAAUCUGGGUUGUUCAAGAGGUAGUUGAGAUCAGCCUCAGAGCACGAAUCCCAGCCGUUGUUGCUGUGCUCUUCAUGAAACCACUCAGGCAUUUCUUCGACGCCACGAGAUGGGGUACGGUCAAUGAGAGACGCAGGAUUGUCGCCAGUAUCCACAGAUGGACGCAGAUUAAAAUCGGC